UUGGAAUCUUUAUCUCGAACGGUCGAAUCUACGCUUAUCAUCUAUGAACCAGCAAUUCGGAAACUUUGAUUCCUCCCCGUAUCUGCAACUUAAAAUGUCAACGCACCUGUGUCGAUAUAUCUAGGGUCAUACGGGAUGAUAGGACCUGUUCCUGUGGAGCAUCGCAAAGAUUGGCAUGAUUUAGGGAUUCACAGUUGCUUCCCAAAUGCAAACAUCAAACAUUUACACGUUUUUUCUUGUGUUAUCCCGGCUGCGUCGUAUUCCGCAUGUCAUUUGUACGACUUCUUAUCGUCAUAUCUCACAAUCCCCGGUAUGUUCUACCGAUUUAAGGAAGCGCGAUCUCAUCUCCAGUUGUUCUGCCAUUCAAAUGAUUUUCUCUUUUCCGUGUUUCUACCACUGAAGGCAUGGUCGGCUCCCUAAUUAGAAUUGCAGACAGAAAUACUGGCGCCUCGAGUUCUUCUGCCAAAGCCAAGAACGACCAUAAAUGUGCAGUUCAGAAAUAACUCUGGGAUCUGCUGCUCAUGGGGCGACAUCGGUCUCGGCAC